CACCGUGUUACCACCUCACAUCUCCCAGAGAAAGCACGCCGCCAUUUUCUACGACAAACCGGGUCACCGGAGUUUAUAAAGCCUGUCCUCUGCACCGCCGAGAGUCGAGUUCCCUGUCCGUACUCAGCCAUGAAGGUGAUAUUGAUUGCCUGCCUCGCCGUAACGAUGGUGGCCGCAAGGCCACAGAAGGAAGGAGCCUACUUCACCAACGAGGCGAUCAGGCAGGCGCAGAACACUCACCUUAUCCCACAGGGCGCAUCCAUACAGAAGGUGCAAGAGGGUAUCGAGCUGGCGGCCAUAGAGUCCAUUCCCGCCAACGAGAGGAUCAACCUGUUCGAGAUCCUGGGUGACCAUGUGCCCCCAGAAGUGGUCAACAAUCUCCAGACUCAGAUAGACCAAGUCGGCAAGAGUCGCUGAGGGAACAACAAUAUUUAACUUCCUUGCAUCGUUCAUCUCAUUCAUCGGUCAUCGUCAAUCGUUAUCUGUUCAACAUAAGAGUCACCCUCGAUCAGUACGAGAGCCAACGAUUUAAGUACUGAAAAUGAUAGUUAGGUUUCACGAAAAAAGUACGUUCAUUUAAAAAAAGUGUUACUCUUAUGAGUCGGAAAAAUUACAGAAUAAAUCACUUUGAUGUGAGAAAAGACAUUCGUGUAACAAAAAAUCAGAAAUAUGUUUAGCAUGUUUAAUACUCAAGUUUAAUUUUAGUUUCAAUGUAUUUACUCUCAAAGACAAACCAAACAGAGGUUUACUCAUCCGUGAUUGUCCUAUUACUGAUUGAUUAUACUUAUUUGAACCCCUCACAAUCAAUCAUAUAAAUAUUUUUAUAAUUUCAAUUCCUCACUAAACUUAAAUAAAAUUAAGUUUAAAUGACUAUACAAAUGUAGAUAUUAAAUUUUGAAUUAGAUGCAUGACGUAAAAUACAUAAAAUGUUAUGUUAAAUGAUAAAAAUUGAUUUUUUUUAUUUUAAAAAAGUAUGAAAACGUCUAAAUUAAUGUUUUGAAAUGUAAUUAAUUCAUCACCCACAAUCACCAUUGUUCAUCUCAUGGGUCACUCUGACUCCUUGAUUUAGUGUUAAGGCUAGCUUUAUUUUUGUAUCAACCAAUGUAAAUAUCUCUCAAUAAAAAUGUCAGACGAG